GCGGCAGCAGUUGCGGUAGCAAGCUGCCGGGAAGGAGGCAGAUACCUAGAAGGGGAAGUAAGUCUGGCUGCUUAGUCACGUAUUUCUGUGCUUGCGAAAAGGAAGCUCUAAUCAAUUUAUGUCAGUUUGACAGGACGGUGUAAAUAUGAUAUUUGUACAAGUAAAAGCUAGAAAGAUGAUAAAUUACUGCUGCGGAUACCUGGAUUUUUUUUUUUUUUUUUUUAGUCAACCCUUGGGGAAUUAUUUCAUUUGGUGGCGGAAGCUUAUUCUAGGAACUAGCUUCGCCAUAAUGGUCCCAUUGACCAUAUUAACUGCAGCGCUAAAGGAUGAACCAUUUUUACCUGACGGCUGGAGCAGCUCUGCGUAAGUUCCAACAGUGGAACAUCCCUUCCAAAUAUAAGAGGAAUAAAGAAACCAUUUCCUCAGCUGACACCAUCUUCGAGCAGAUUGAGUAAGAAUAAUUCCAGCACUACAGAAAAGACAUCUCACAGCUACCUAGAUGAUGUUCAGUCACGGAGUUUUUACAAGAAAGGGAAUAGGAUGAAUGAAUCUUGUCAGAAAAGCAGCAGUAUGAAUGUUGGCCCACAUCUGAAUAGAGCAAAGGGUUCAAAGAAGAAGGAUCCCUUAGAAAAAAAGCUGAGUAAAUCUCAAUUACCCCUCAUUCCUUCCCAGUUGAAAAGCAGUAUUAUAGAUGUCUCCCGAAGGACUGAGGAUGAACUUAAAGCAAGUAGUUAUAUGGAAGGAGACCCUAAAAGAAAUAUUCCAGGAUCUGUUGCUGAAGCUACCCCAUUUGGUUCCAGAUUUCCAGAGCCUUCAAUGGGCAAAUUAUUUCUUGACUUUCAGUCAUUGAGUAUUAUUAAAGAAGAUGCUGAUGAGGACAGCGCAAGUGAUCUUUCUGAUUCUGAAAGAAUUCCUAUUCCACCUUCUCCUUUUACACCACCAGAACUUAACCUUAGAGCUGAAGAAAUUGAUCCAGUUUGUUUUGUUCCUCACACUGAUCAAGGCUCUGAGCAAGCUGAAUAUUACUAUCCUGACUUCCUUCCACCCCCUUUUAACUCCUGGGAUUUAAAUAAUAUGGCUUCAACAACAAGCACAGAGUACAAAAAUGAGCUCCUCCCACAGACCAUAGAGUCUCUUGGGAAGUAUAUUGAUAGACUUGUUCAACUAGAGUGGCUACAAAUGCAAACCGUACAAAAUGAAAAAAUAAAGCUAGUCAAAGCCAGGCCUCAGACUGCUCCUGGUGCCUUAUGGACUGCAAAGAGCCCUGGAAAAAGCAGGCUGUUUCCAAAUACUUUAUCUAGCAGGAUGUCAGUGCAUCCUGAAGGGCUUACAAAGUUUCCCCCUAGCCAGGCAGUUCAUCUUCGCAAGAGAGAAGUUCAUUGUGAAGAAGCCCACCCAUCAUAUUAUGUAUUCCAGAGUUCUCCCAAAACUAUUGACGCAAUUAGUAGCAGGUCAUGUCCCCAGAAGCAAAACUAUGAAAUGAGAAUGAAGGAAAAGAAGAAGAAACCAAAUGAAGGUGCAAAGCAGCAACUUCUGGAAUUGCCAUGUAGUGACAGUAGUUCUAAGAUUCAGGCUAGCGGUAACAUUAGAAUUCCCAAACAGCCACCGAUGCUUCUUUCCUCAGUUGAUCAUCUUACGCCCCUCAAAGCACCCAUACGUCCAAAUCCUAAGAGAAAUGGAAAUGCAAAUAACUAUGGACCUACCAAUAAAGCCACAGCAGGGAGAGAACUCAAAACUAAUGGAGGGAAGCAAGCCUCCUAUAUGUUCAAGUAAUUUUAUUUUAAAUAGAUAACAACUAAAUUAUAAAGGUCAUUCAGAAAGCUACAUAUUAAUAUGCCUUUUGAUGAACAAGACUGUGACUUAAGUCUUACCAAGUGGGACUAUCUGUAGGAAAUUUGUUUACUUGACAUUUCAGUGGCUUGUAUUUUUUUUCCUCCUAUGCCAAGGGCGUCAUCUCAGAAGUGUCUUUUAAUGAACCUUUUUCUAUGUUAAUAAUCUUAGGCUGAUAAUGAGAACCAUUUAGGUAAAAAUAAACUCUCUUGCUUGAGAAGAUACGGUAAGUGCCAUAUUGAAUGAGCAAGACUGAAUUCUUUUUUCCUGGAGAAGAGCCAACUAAGUUUAUGGAAUAGCCAGCUAGCCCAGAUUUAACUAUGCAGAAUGGAUAGAGUGUUAUUCUCUCUCCUGAUUUCCCUUGCACAUAAGUAAUACACUAUUUAAAAUGGUGUUGGAUUAUAGAAGUUAAAUAGUAAAGACUUUUCUUUGCAUUCCUUCUCUCUCACUUGCCUUUGCAUUAGCCAUAUAAGCAAUAGGGUCAGCUUCAUUUCACGCUCUAAGAGAGCGCUUCAGUUUGUCCUCAGGGUUAUGGAAUAUGGAGUUUCUAUUUUGAGCUAAGUCGUUUAUCACUAAAUUGCUUUCUCUUAAAAGUCUAUGGAUUCUGGUGUUUUAAUACUUUUAACAGUCCAACAUGGGAAGCAAGUAUGUUAAACUGAGGACUGUUAGAUCUUUUUUUGAGAACUUUAAAACUUGGUUUAAAAUAAACCCAGUUUCUAAAUGUACAUAUUUCACAGAAUUUUUUUUUUCCUAGCUAAAAAUUGUUUGAAUAUGAUUUCACGUUAGUGGAGGGUUGGGAUGAAACAUUUGGUAUACCAGAAAUUUCUGGGAAGUCAGAUUGUCUCUGAAGGGAGACAUAAUGAGGAAAAUACUUUUAGAAUUUGAAAUUACUGUGCCAGUAGUUCAGUAAAUCAACAUGGAACUACAUUGAAUGUGGCAGACAUUAAGUUACAGGUCCAACAGCUGCAUCCUGCAGAACUUCUUCAAUAUAAUUUAUUAAAGACAAGCACAGCAUUGUCCUAUUUGGAUUGCAAAAGCACAUAUGGGAGGACAACUGAAGGAGUGGGUGGGCUAGGGGUAGUAGGCAAUGCAGAAGCCUACUCCUGACAUCUCCAGCUCUUCCCAUAGGGCACCCAGCUUGUCCUGCCUGUCCUUGUGUGAAUUGUGAUUAAUAACACGUAUUUGACUUCUAGUUGUGUUAUUCAACUUAUUGACUUUCAUAGGCUUCAAAAUUCUUAGUUGUUUACUUCUUGAAAAAUGGUGCACUUUUAUGACUUUAUUUCAGUCAUUUAAGUGGUUAGUCUAUUUAAUCAUAUUUUUCUCCUUUUUAAUCUUUUGUCUGUCAAAGUUAUGAUAAAAGUUGAUUGGAAACUGGCAAUGUGAAAACCAAAUACAAAGAUUUCCUUUUGAUGCUUUCUGAACCUUGCCUGUAGGUUAAAUGUCAUUUAAAUAGUUGUAUAAGUGACAAAUGGAAAUUUCUAAGGACCACAUAUAUUUAUAACAAAAUAGUGUGCCAAUAUUAAGUUUUAAGAUUACUUUAAGAAUAUGAUUUUGCCAUCCUAAAAUUUUAUUUUGAGGAUACAUUUUUCUUUAAUUCAAAUACUUUCUCAGGUUCUUCUUCUUAAAACCUUUAUUCUUCUUAUCAACUGGUUACAGAAGCUCUUCCUUUUCAUCUAAUAAUUCCUGUAUCUAUUUUGUCCAAAAAAGAAAAAAAUAAUGUUGUACAUAUACUACUAAGUCCUACUUCUAACAUUCGUAAACCCCAAACAUACUGUGGUAGCUUUUGCACUAGUAUACGCAUGAUACAUGGAAAAAUGUAGUGCAUGAAUUGCCUGCCUUUAAUGCUGUUCACAUGUAGGGUUCUGUAUGCAAAUGUGCAGCUUUAUGCCAUGCAUCCUUCUCUGGCAUUGCUGCUCAUAGAAGUGCCCCAUCUAUGUAGAGUACAGUAGGCUAAAAACAGUUUUCUGUAUAUAAAGUUACAACUUAUAGGACUAUAACCUGUCAUCAUUUUUUGCUCAGUUUUUGAAGUAUUACUUUAUGUUCUUUGCUGGAGGCAUGUGGUACUUUACUGUGUGGUGUCAUAACUAUAAAAUCUAAGCAAGCAUGCUUUGAUAGAGGCUGCUUGCAGUGAAACUAAAUGACUAAAAUUGAGUUGCCACCUUUCCCUAUAGUGGAAGACUUGGGUGGUAGUUUUGAGAGCCUGAAUUAGUUUGAAUGCAUAUUCUUACCUUAUCUUCACUCAUUUUAUGCACUUGAGCUGCUAUCUCUCAAUGACCUAAAACCUGUUUCUGUAAACACAUCUAUUUCCAGCUUACUUAAUUGAGAGCGACUGCUUUUCAAAAAAGAAAUUCGUAAUGGAAAGGUGGAAGGAGAAUAUUAAUAUACCAAACAGCAUUUUUGAGCUUGAAAAAGGGACAGGUUUUAUCUACCUUUAUGUUUUCACUCCCCCACCCGCUCCCCCGGCCAGAUUGCUUUGAUUUUCCAUAACAUUUUGAUAUGCUAAGAUCCCCUAGUGAAUAGCCUUUUUCUUUUUUUCUCCCCGAGGUUGAUAAUAGAAUUGUCCCAACAGGUAAAAUGCCAAUUCACUGAUUUAUGAUGGGACAAAUUAUAGAGGUUUACUCUGACACAUGAAUCAUAUUGUAUCAGAUCCCUCGGUGACUUAGAUCCUUCCCAUUAUGUAUAUGAACAUGCUUGUGAAGUACAGUAAUUAAUUCCUAAAUUUUAUCAGAAUACCGGCCAGUGCCCUGGAUCUGUUUCUUCUAGUGUACUUCAAGAAAUAACACAUUUUCAGGAAAUGGUUUCUGCAAUUGUAGGACUUGUCCAGAUGUCACUUAGACUGUCCAAAUUGCUGCCCAACAUGAGCAACAAGCUUAGGUUAAUGAAAACUGUAAUAGCACAGGAGUAAGUUACAAAAGAUACCAAUAAUCAGCUAGCAUUUAUUUAUUUGUUUGUUUGGAAGCAUUCUCUUUAUUGUUGAAGUAAACUUAAAUCUAAAAAAAAAAAAGCCAGUGGCUAACAGCUCAGUACAGUACAGUGGUACUCGUGAUAACAGCUGAGAUUUUAGGUUGAAGAAACUAUUCAAUUGUCUUUUAAGACAUUUCAAAAGUUUCUAAGAGAUUAAAUUCUGAAUAUCAAGGUAACAGGCUUAAGCAGACUUGUACAAUAAGAUGAUCGCACUAUCCUAGAAAGCUACCCAGUAUCUGUCAUGAAAAUGUCAUCUGGAGGUUUGGGAGCUCCAAAAACAAAUUGAGAAUGACAUAUAAUGGAGCAACUGUGACAUUGGCAACAUAAUGGCCAGCGGAAAGAUGUGGCUGUAUAAUAGCUUGGAAGGAAGAAAAUGUAUGAUAGUUUUUGAGCCUGUUGUUUUAAGUUGCAAGAAAGACACAGGAAUUUCCAUGGAUAUUAAUUUUCCUUGUUUAUUAUUUAUUAAUGUCUUAAUUUUCCUUAUGCACAUAUUAACUCAAAUUACAUGUGUUUAACUAUUAAAGGUACAUUUCUAGAAAAUAACAGAGAAGCAGAGCUUCUUAUUAAGAAACAGUUGUGAAGGGCACUAUCCUUGGCAUGCUUGGAUUAUUUGCUGUUACAACUGUUGUAUGCUUGCCUUUGCUAAUGAGAGUGAAUAAAAUAAACAGUAUAUGUGACUCCUUGGGCCUCUGCUUUUAAAUAAACAAAAUCAUGCUUAUCCAA